GCCGCUCCUGUGCCGCUCUGCUAAUGUGGAAACCCCCGCUUCCUUCCCCUUUAAAGCCGAGAGCCCGCGGUGGUGCGCUCGCUCGGUCCCGGCUGGGCAUGUAGCGUGGCGCGGUGCAGGAGAGCGGCGAGAGCGAGGGAUCCAGGCGGACAAAGAGAGCUCCGAAGGCGGUCACGGGGGUAAGCGGCGGCGCGGUCAGUGUCGAUGGGGAAUCUGGUGGGAGGAUGGCGGCUAAAGGAGCCCAGCACCGUGGAGGAGUGCGACUCGACCUGGGGCUCCGACUCCGAGAACGAGAGCGAGGACAGCGGCGUGUCAGAGAGCGUGAGCCCGGCGGCGGAGAGCGAGAGGGCGGCCAGCGGGGACACGGAGCACCGGGAGCAGUUGUGUGAUUCUCCAGAGUCGGCCCCAAAGAUGAAGAGGAGCUUCUACGCAGCGAGAGACCUGUACAAAUACAGACACAGUUACCCGAACUAUAGAAAGUCCAGGCAGCCCAACGAAUAUCGCAACCUUCGUUUUUACCUGAACAAAAUCCCCCUGGUCCCAGAUGGGAUCUACAUUGAGGAGAUUCUGAAAAAGUGGAGAGGAGACUACGACAAACUAGAGCACAAUCACACCUACAUCCAGUGGCUGUUUCCUCUGAGAGAACAAGGGCUGAACUUCUACGCACAUGAACUCACUCAGGACGAGAUUAAGGAGUUCCAGAGCACCCGAGAGGCCAGGCGCAGGUUUGUGGCGGCGUACUCCCUCAUGUUGGACUUUUACGGCGUCAAACUCUUGGAUAAAAACGGGAACGUGGCGCGAGCUCCGAACUGGGAACAGAGAUUUGAGCAUCUGAACGAGUCUCAGCACAAUUACCUGCGCAUCACUCGGAUCCUCAAGUCCCUGGGGGAGCUGGGCUACGAGGCGUUCAAGGCCCCUCUCGUGCGUCUCUUCCUGGAGGAGUCCCUGGUCCGCGGGACUCUGCCCAACAUGACCCACAGCGCCCUGGAGUACUACGUGUACACCAUCCGCAACGCCGCCACCAGGAGGCGACUGCUGCGCUACGCCAAGAAACACUACCGGCCCGCGCACAACUUCAUCUGGGGCCCCCCGAGCAGGAGGGACCGGGAGAGGGCGAGGGGGGCGGGCGGGGACGACGACGACUACGGGGACGAGCGGGGAGGGAGCGGGUACAGGGCGCCCAACCCCACGCCCGAACACCACAGGAGGGACGAGGGCGGGGAGGGGGAGAGGUGAAAGACAAUGACAAGAACCAGGACUGAACCAGGACUGAACCAGGACUGAACCAGGACUAAAACAGGACUAAAACAGGACUAAAACAGGACUGAAACAGGACUGAACCAGGACUGAACCAGGACUGAACCAGGACUGAACCAGGACUAAAACAGGACUAAAACAGGACUAAAACAGGACUAAAACAGGACUGAACCAGGACUGAACCAGGACUGAACCAGGACUGAACCAGGACUGAACCAGGACUAAAACAGGACUGAACCAGGACUGAACCAGGACUGAACCUGGACUGAACCUGGACUGAACCUGGACUGAACCAGGACUUCACCAGGCUUAAACCAGGUACUAAGCAGGACUAAACCAGGACUGAACUAGCACUGAACCGGUACUGAUCCAGGACUAAAACAGGACUAAAACAGGACUGAACCAGGACUAAACCAGGACUGAACUAGCACUGAACCGGUACUGAUCCAGGACUGAACGAGGAUUAAACCAGGACUGGACCAGGCCUGAACCAGGACUGGACCAGGCCUGAACCAGGACUGGACCAGGCCUGAACCAGGACUGGGGGGCGUGGGAGAGGAGAGACAUUCGCUUGUGUGAGUGGAUGAUCCUGAUGUAGCAGAGGAUCAAGGGACAGUUCUUCUUCUCCUCUUUGUUGAAAACGGACGGCCUUAAACGAAGCCAACACAGAUUUGUUUCUUAAUUUAAAUCUGAAACGUGAUCAGGGACAGAGGGAGGGCCGCGUGGGCGCGUGGGCGUGUGGGCGUGUGGGCGUGUGGGCGUGUGGGCGUGUGGGCGUGUGGGCGUGUGGGCGGGCUGUUCAGAGCAAUACUCAGACAACUUGAACUUCUGGACGUGAUCUGAAGUCUUUUCUGAUCCAUGGAUGCACACGUGUUUGUACAGAUGUAGCCACAGUCACGUUGUACAAAGUAUCCAGAGAAGUUUGUAUUUUCAUUUUAUUUAAUUUCAUUUUAUUUUUUGUGGUGGUUAAUUAUAUUGACCAUUACUUGGAGUCAGUUGGAUUAAAUGAGGUCUGAACCAGGUCUAACCCGAGUCUAAAUCAGGUCUAAACCAGGAAUAAACAAGGACUGAACCAGGAUUUAAUCAGGACUAGGACUAACUGAGGUCUUAACCUGGACUAAACCAGGACUGAGAAAGAACAGAACCAGGUCUAAUAUGUGACUAAACCAGGACUAAAUCAGGACUGAACCAAGUCUAAACAAGGACUGAAUCAGGUCUAAACUGGGACUAAACCAGGAUUAAACCAGAACUGAACCAACUCCAGAUAGGGACUAAAUGAGGUUUAAACCAGGACUAAACAAGGACAGAACCAGGACUGAACAGUACAAAACCAGGUUUAAACCGGAGUCUAAAUCAGGUCUAAACCAGGACUAAACAAGGACUGGAUUUAAUCAGGACUAGGAUGGAACCAGGUCUAAACUGGGACUAAGACAGGAUUAAACCAGGACUAAACCAAGUCUAAACUCGAUUUAAACAUGGACUGACUCAUUGUGUGUCUUCCAGCUCCAAAAUCAGACUGAAUCAGGUCUAAACUAGGUCUCAACAAGGACUGAACCAGGAUUUAAUCAGUACUAGGACUAAAUGAGGUAUAAAUAGGGACUGAACCUGGACUAAACCAGGUCUAAACUGGGACUAAACCAGGAUUAAACCAGGACUAAACCAGAACUAAACCAGAACUAAACCAGCACCAAAAAGGGACUAAAUAAGGUCUAAACCAGGACUAAAGAAGGACAGAUCCAAGACUGAACACCACGUCUAAACCAGGUCUAAACCAGGUCUAAACCAGGUCUAAACCAGGUCUAAACCAGGUCUAAACCAGGUCUAAACCAGGUCUAAACAUGAACUCAUUGUGUGACUUCUGGUCUAAAGUUGACUCAGGUUUUCAGUUGGAGCGUUGUGCGGUCCACGUCUUCCUGGACUUUUUCUUUACUCGUUUCAGAAAACAGUUUUGUAAUUCUUCACGUUUUGAUAAAUGGCAUUAAACAGAAACAGGAUCCAGGACUGAAACUCACUUUGACUAGAGCAGCUACUGUUUUGAGCCUGAUUCAAACUGCUCCACUCCUCAGUGCGUUCCAUUCUUUCACACUGUACUUAUAUUUUGUAUUUAUACGAACUUUGUAUCUGUUAUGAAUAAAAGCCAUGUGACAUCAGCAGACGGGAGCACAACCAAGACCAGGACUGGACCAGGACUGGACCAGGACUGGACCAGGACUGGACCAGGACUGGACCAGGACUGGACCAGGACUGGACAAGGACAAGUUGUCAAAAGUGCUUCUUACCUGAACCAGAACUAAAACCAGGUCUAAACCAAACUGAGCCAAGACUGAACCGGGACUAGACCUGUUGACCAAAACUGAAACUAAAUUAUUUCUAAACCUGAUGAGAUCUUUAACGAUAAAACCUAAACCAGCAGUAAACCAUUUAAAGCUCCACUCUGAAACUUCUGGUCGGGGUUUGCGUUGACCUACUCAAACAUGUGAAUGAAACAAAACACAACUCAGGAGCAGAACCUCCCAGGACCAGGACUAAACCAGGACUGAACCAGGACUAAUUCAGGUCUUAAAACAGGUCCAUGUCCAAACCAGGGCUGAUGGAUUUAAACUGGAACUCAACCAGGACUAAAAUGGGUCUAAAUGACAACUAAGCGAGGUUAAAAUCAAGACCUGAGCCAGAAUUAAACCAACCAGGGCUAAACUGGGUCUAAAGUUGGACUAGACCAAGACUAAACCAGGUCUAAACCAGGACUGGACCAGUUCUAAACCAAGACUAAACCAGGUCUAAACUAAGACUGAACCAGGUCUAAACCAGGACUGAACCAGGUCUAAACCAGGACUGGACCAGGUCUAAACCAGGACUGGACCAGGUCUAAACCAGGACUGGACCAGGUCUAAACCAGGCCUUGUUCUGGUCUUGUUUUGUAGCUCCUGUCUGCUGCGUUUCCUUGACGACCUCUUGAAUCCUCCCUGCUGUGGUUGAACAGUUGAAUAAUGUGUGAAUGUGUCUGAAGUGCCUCUUUCUUUAUACAAUAUUUCAUAUCACACUGUGUGAAGAUUUUAUGUGUAAAUGUCCAAAUGUGAAGGUUUGAACUCAAUACGACUCUGUGCUUCCCUCAAAUCCACAAACUCUCCCUGGAAAUGUGAAUAAAACAACUAUUAUGCAAA